CGAUUUCCUUUAGUCAGACCUUAGUCAUUCACAUGAUCGAAGGAUCACUUGAGUUUAGUUAACGUAACCUCCAAUGACAUAACUAACUGCUGGGGCGAUGUACUGAAGCAACUGUACUCGUACAAAGUACAAUAAGUAUAUCGACUUCACCAGUACGCCCAUCCCAACAUGGGAGCCACCCUCUCCUCCUGCUGGGGCCAUCUCCCUCCUCUGAUGGACAUUCUCCUCCCCACCCCAGAUGUCUAUCUCACCUUACUGAACAUCUUCCAAUACUUCCCGCUGUUCACCAUCAUCCAAUGGCUAACCGCCUGGCACCCGGCCGGCAAGACCUCCAUGAAGACCUCCCUCUUCAACCUCCCCGGCCGCUGGGCCUGGUUCGCCAUGGAGAUCGUCAGCCCGGUGAACCUGCUCUACCUGCUGUGGAAGCUGCCCCUCAAGUUCGCCCACAGCACCACCACCAAUUCUGGUCCGAAUGCCACUGGGUCUAUCCCCCUGCCCAACAAACUCCUCGCCGCCCUCUUUGUCGCGCACUACCUCAACCGCGCCAUCAUCUCCCCCUUCCUCGCCGCCCCCAGCAUGUCCCCCAUCCACCUAUUCAUCAUGGCCUCCGCCAUGCUCUUCAACUGGUUCAACUCGACGUGCUUGGCGGGUUGGUUAGUGGGAUAUGACAUCCCCAUCCGCCCGGACUAUCCCUCGUCUUCAUCAACACCCAACACAGCAGCCGCAGCAGCAGGAAAGGUAGUACCCUACCUCGGCCUCGCGCUCUUUCUGGCCGGCAUGGCCGGAAACAUCUACGCCGAACGCACGCUCUUCCGGCUCCGGCGCGAGGAGGGCGCGAGGAGGGCGGCGGCUGCUGCUACUACCUCCAAAGACCCCGACCCCUCAUCCAAUCCCAAACCAUCACCCCCCUCAACUUCGAAAGUCUACAUAAUCCCCCCACCAUCCACCCCCUUCUUCUCCGCGAUCCUCUACCCGCACUACGUCUGCGAAUGGCUGGAAUGGACCGGCUUCGCGCUCGCGGGGACGGCGGUGCGGUCGUCGGCCGGGAUGUUGGGGUUGGGCUUGGGGUUGCGUGCGUAUACCAAUCCCACCGCAACCAUGGCCAGUACCGCAGCAGCAGCAGCUAGCGGAUCCCUCCAUCUCGCUCCCUGGCUUCGUCCCGCCGCGCAGCUCGCCGCGGCCGUGGGGCUGCCGUUCCCCGUGCCGGCGGCGGUGUUUCUGGUGAACGCGGUGACGAAUAUGCUGCCGCAUGCGCGGUGGGGGCGGAGGUGGUAUGUGGAGCGGUUUGGGGAGGAGAAGGUUGCGGGGAGGGGGGCGGUGGUGCCGUUUUGUGGGUGGUUUUAGGGUUGCUUUGCUUUGGCA